AUGGCAAGAUCUCAAGAGAACGACUUUCUCUCCAAGAUCAUCGCCACCAGAACCAACGCAACAAUGGCCAACGAGCCCGGUGACUCUGCUGCGCGUAAAUUGAACGGCAGAUCUCCAGUUGCCCAUGCACUCUAUUGCAUCUUCAACAACGUUCACCAAUGUUCUAGUCCACCCUCUAAGCCUGAGAUUGAUGAACCCUACUUCGCGACAGUUCCACUGGAACCCCGUCUCUUCGAGGACUUCCGCCCGCUACUGGACCAGGUCUUCCAGUGCUACGAUUACAGCGUCAACGACGGCAUCCCAUUGGUCAGUCAUCGUGGUAUCGAUGUCUAA